AAGCCCAUCAUGUGUGGAAUUUUGUUACGAACAUCCAGUAGUUUGGAAAUUCCGAGCUGUAUUCCAUCAGUAACUACCCAGGGCAACUUUAAAACAUGGGAAACUCAAGAUGUAACUGAAAUUUCAAAGUAUCUCGACCAUGGCUCACAACUAAAUCCAUUGACUCCUGGACAACAAUAUAAACUAGAAAAUCUUGAUCAUUUGCGACAACUUUAUGUACAAAUAAGCAAACUCAAUAAUAAUGUCAAGUUAGAUCCAGACAUUAAGAAGAAACAAGUUGAUGAAAUUCAGUUGGAGAUUGAUAAUAGAACUAAAGAUGAUCCAACGCUACCAGUUGCCGAUGAUAUCAACCAGUUAAUUUACAAGGUGUCUACUCGUGGCCCAAACUACUUGAAUUUUACCCAGUAUGGCAAGUUUCAAAUGUUUAGCUCGAUACUAUCAUUGCGUCAACCGUUUACUAAACAACCUAUAAUCCGAGAUCAGUUUAUAUUACAAUUUAACGGAGAGUUAUAUAAUCAAGAAUGUUUGGAACUUAAUGAUACUCAGUUCAUUAUAGAUACAUUGCAUGAGAACUUGGGGAAUGAUAGACGAGAUGCCAUAUUGACUACCUUGAAACAACUUUCAGGAGAAUUUGCCAUAAUUCUUAUUGAUUUAGUUGAAAAUAGGAUCUAUUUCGGUAGAGACAGUAUUGGGAAACGUUCAUUAUGUUAUAACUUAUCUGAUAGUGAACUUGUUAUUAGUUCUGUUUCAACUAUUGAUUUCAUUGAAUGUAAGAAUGAAUUUUAUGAGUAUGAUGUAGAAAGUCAUGCUAUGAAUGUUCACAAGAUUCACUCCCUACCUGUGCAUAUUCAUGGUCCAUAUGAACCUGAGGAUAUUCUCCUAGGUGAGUUGUACACCAACCUCAAGAAAUCUACUGAUAUUCGUCAAAUAACAAUUCAUCCCUUGGUUCAUGAAGUUAAUGAAAGUAAAUUAGGGGUAUUAUUCAGUGGUGGAUUGGAUUGUACAAUUAUAGCUGGGUUAAUAUGUGAACUAUCAUCUCCAACCACAAUCGACUUGCUCACUGUCGGGUUUGAAAAUCCUAGAACAAACCAAUCAAGUGAUCAAACCCCUGAUAGGAAAUUAGCCCUUAAAUCGUGGUUCCAUUUACAAAAACAAUAUCCCCACAUAACUAUUCAAUUACUUGAAAUCAAUGUUGAUUAUAAAUCUUGGUUGGUGCAUAAAUCUAAAGUUAUGGAUUUGAUAUAUCCUUGUGAUACUGAAAUGGAUCUUUCCAUUGCUAUUGCUUUUUAUUUUGCUAGUAGUAAGUUACCGCAAUUGACUAGAAUGACCACGUUGUCCGACCGGAACAUUGAUUGGACAAGUUUCCUUGAAAAUCCAGACAAGUAUACCCAUAAAACUGAAAAUUACAAUUCCCAAGCAAAAGUAUUGUUUAGUGGAUUGGGUGCAGACGAAUUAUUUGCUGGCUAUUCAAGACAUGAAGCGCUAUUCACUAAUAUCCAACCAGAUACUCCACAAGCAGCCAUCGACGAAUGUUAUAACAAAUUAACUUCUGAAUUAAUAUAUGACAUAAGUAUUAUUCACAAGAGAAAUCUUGGUAGAGAUGAUCGAGUUAUAAGUUAUUGGGGUAAAGAAUUAAGAUAUCCAUAUUUAGAUGAAGAUUUUAUUAAUUGGGUAAUCCAGUAUAUCCCACCCCAAUACAAAUUCAAGUAUGCUUUUAAAGCAAAUAAGAAAGGGAUACUUCGAAUGGAUAGUACUAGAAAGUACUUACUCCGUGCCCUAGCUGUUAAAAUGGGAUUGGAUUGGGUUUCAACGGAAUUGAAACGUGCUAUCCAGUUUGGAGCUAAAUCGGCUAAACUAGAAAUUGGACAAAGUAAAAUUAAAGGAACAGACAAUGUAGUUUAGUUUCAUCUUAUUUUAUAGAACAUUUAUAGAAAAUAUUAACGUCAUUCAUCAG